AUGCCUCCUCCCUCCGAUCCAAAACCAAACAACCUCCCCACGCACAUCCCCCUCUCCCACACGACAACCACACCACCCGAAUCCUUCCCCCCUUCAGAAAACCACGGCGACAUAACCUGGCACACCCUAAUCUCCACCCCGCAGACCCCAACCUCCGAUCUCAGCGCCGGCAUCGCCGUCUGCCCGCCUCGGACGGGCCAUCUCUGCGCGCACAGACACACCCAAGCAGAGAUAUACCAUAUCCUAGAUGGAGAGGGCGAGAUGAUCAUCCAGGGGAGGAAGUUCAUUGUCCGCAAGGGAAGCACGGUGUUUAUUCCUGGAGAUGCAGAGCAUGGGAUCGUGAAUGUAGGGGAGGGGGUAUCAAGGUGGUUCUAUGUUUUCCCGACGGGGAGUUUUGGGGAUGUUGUUUAUCGGUUUUCGGAAGGGAGUGGUAUCGUCAAUGGGAAGAGGGAGAAGGGGAAGCUAUGA